AUGCCAAUCACCUCACAUCUUCAACAUUUGAUUGUACAGUGUUUCGGUGAUGUUGGUGGCAUGAAAGUACCGUCGGUGAAGUUGGAAGUGGACGGUGAAUCUAUUUUCCUAAAACGACGCGUUGUCCCAUACGGUCAACUGGAAGGUGUCCUGAAAGCGUUACAGAAAAGGGAGCAGGAUGGUGUGAUAAGCAAAGUUGAAUCCAGUGCCUGGGCAACUCUGAUCGNGACCAGUUCGUGUUCGCCCCACUGA